CGCCUUCACCGCGGCUGACUGAACCCGCCCGGGGGCCCCGGCGGCGGGCAACGGAGGGCAAAAAAACCCCAAAGGUGGCGGCUGGGUGACCACACACGGGCUGGAACCGGCAAGGCAGCAGUGUUAGCGGCGUGUAAGGCGCUGUCCCCGUGAAUUUAUGCCGCUGGGGUACGGACUAGUAACUUGGAAGCGCCGCUCUUCUGCUCCAGCGCUGACAGGAUCCAGGCGAAGCUCCCCCCGGUGACCACGCUCCGUCCCGCAGCCGCCCUGCCUCCUCCCGCCGCCCUCCUCAGGCCCCAGGGCUCCGGUUGCGGCUUCUUUCUCGAAGCUUCUCCCCCUCAGGGCCAACGGUUUUAACGGGCGGCGGGUGCGAGGCCUCCCCUGGCAACGGCGAGAUGGCGGCGGGCGAGCGGGGGGGCCGCGACUACCUGGAGCGCCACGGGAUCCCCGAGCUGCUCCGCCGCCUCAGCGCCCUGCUGCUCUACCACCAGCCCGAAAGACCUCGCCAGUUCCUCAUCCAGGUGCUGGAAAGAGUGAAGGCCGGCAGGCAAGGCGAGGGAGGGUACCCGUGCCUGAUGGACGAGUCCAACCUGGUUGCCAUGUUCCAGAUGCUGGAUGUUGCAGACCUGGGCUACAUCACGCCUGUGCAGUACCGAGAAGCUCUUAAAACUUUGGGACUGAGCACAGACAACCUGCACAUUGGUGAUGAUGUGAACGUCACACUGGACACAUUCAAGGAAGAAGUGAAGAAAAGGUUGCUGGAGAUCUGGGCUGCGUAUUAGAUGGAACAGUGCUUUGCAGCAUCCGUGACCUCUUUGAAGACAUGAUGUACUUGACGACUCAACAUAUCUUGUUUCAGGCGCUCCAGGAGGUUAAUCAUUUCAUCAAAGACAGAGCUCUCCAUUGAAGCCAGCUGUCCCAGCUGUAGCUGGCUG